AGCAAUUCUAGCUACACGAUCGAGUGCAGAUAGGGAGCGCAACAAGACAACCAUGUCGUCGAGGCAGGAGCAGCGAGUGGCCAGCGCCGAGGGCGAGGCGCAAGCGCAGCGAGCCGGCGAGCAGAUCGCGCGCGCCGAGGCGCACGCCCGUGAGGCGGCGCGGGAGAUCGCGCACGAGCGCACCGAGCGCGCGCGCGUGGUCGGCGCUGGCGGGCUCGAGGAGACGGCGGAGACACAGCGGCGCCAGCCCGAGGAGCGGCACCGCGCCGGGAUCCUGGAGACCGUGCAGCAGGGCGCCAGGUCCCUGGUGAGCGCCGUCGGCCGCACGCUCGGCGUCGCCAGGGACACCACCACGGACAAGGCGAGCCGGGCGGGCGAGGCCACGUCGCAGAAGGCGAGCGAGACGGCGGGGGCGACCAGGGACAAGCUCGGCGAGUACAAGGACUACGCCGCUGACAAGGCGACGGGGGCGAAGGACGCCGCCGCCAAGAAGGCCAGCGAGGCGGCGGAGGCGACGAAGGGCAAGCUUGGCGAGUACAAGGAUUACGCCGCGGACAGGGCCACCGGGAUGAAGGACACCGCCGCGCAGAAGGCUGGGGAGACGGCGGAGGUCACCAAGGACAAGGCUGCGGCGAUGAAGGAUGCGGCCGCGCAGAAGGCUGGGGAGACGGCGAAGGUCACCAAGGACAAGGCGGUGGCGGUGAAGGAUGCCACCGCGCAGAAGGCCGGGGAGACAGCCGAGGCGACCAAGGACAAGGCUGCGGCGAUGAAGGACGCCGCCGCGCAGAAGGCCAGCGACUCCGCAGAGGCGGCGAAGAACAGGGUCGGGGAGUACAAGGAGAGCGCCGCGCAGGCAGCCAUGGAGACGAAGGACUCGGCGACAGAGAAGGCGAGCCAGACGGCGGAUGCCGGCAAGAACAAGCUAGGGGAGUACCGCGACGCUGCGGCGGAGAAGGCCAAGAACGCCAAAGACACCACCAUGGACAAGGCAAGGGAGUACGGAGAGGGAGCGGUGGGGAAAGCGCGCGAGACGACGGAGGCCGCCUCGUCGAAGGCCAAGCCGAGCACGGAGGAAUUCGGCGAGGCUGCGGGGGACGACCAGGCCAUGGAGGAGGACACGACGAAGUCCCCGGAGGAGAAGCUCGAGGAGUACAAGCAGUCGGCCGCCAGCGCGGCCGGCAAGGCCAUGGAGUCCCUGACCUUGCGAACGGAGGAGGCCAAGGAGCAGUCCGGCGCGAGCGAGGCGACGGAGGAACUGGCGCGGCAAGAGCUGGGAGCGACAAGGCAGCGGAUGGAGGAGGUGGCAGAGGGCGAGCGGCGCUGGAAGGAGGGGGGCAAGUGAACGAAGGGCCGUGCCGGUGCAGCUUGCAGCGGACAGGAGCGUCGAAGAAGACGGCACGCCAUGGCUCUGAUCUGAAGCAGUCCAUGGAGGACAUGUUCUCUAGGGGAAUCUGUUUUUUUAGCAGAAAAAUGGAGUGUGUGCGUGUGUUAUCUUUCCCAGCAUCAACUCACGUGUCGGAUCGAUGUAUAAAAACAACUUCUGAACUUUGUGGAUUUCGUUCGGAAAAAAGAAGGAACUUGUUGACUCGUG